GCUUGGGAUCAGAGGAGCUAUCAGCGAGGUUGCAACUCAUGCAUACUUCCACAGAAUGACCUUAAAGAAGUUUAUCGGGCUUUUUGCUUUCCUGGUGAUUUCUCUCCAGCUUUGUCUCUCAAGCGAUGUCUUCCAAGCUGGAAAGGUCAACAUUACUGAUACCUCCCAAAACAAUCAUGGCUGCCAAUCUGUCUCCUUCAAAACGCAGUUCCAGGGCUCAGGUGACGUCAAAGUCUUUGUUUCUCUAAGUCAUGGCGACAAACAUAUCAAAAUCCACGAUCCAGCAGCUCUAUGGGUAAAAUCGAUCUCUACAUCAGGAUUUAAGGCUUGCGUUCGUGAGGCAGGUAAUGGUUCGGCAGGUAUGUCUGUUAUCAACUGGCUCGCAUUCCAAGGGUCCCAUCAAGGAAUCAAGUCUGGCAUCGUGGACUUUGAUGAAUGGACUACAAGGACACAGUGCAAACGAGUAUCGAUCAUUGAUAACCAAAGUAAUGGUUUUGAGAACGAGCCACAAUUGUUUAUUUCUGUUCAACAUAAACACACAGACAGACCUUAUGACUCCAUGAAUCUUUGGCUGGAGGGUGUCAAUAAAAAGGACUUUUACGUCUGUAUGAGAGAAUUCAUGGCGUUUGAUGGCAUUCAUUUGGACCUCAAAGUGCAUUGGUUUGCAUAUGACGUGCUACCUUCCAGCUGGAACUUCACUGAAGAAGGAAAGAUUCAUUUCGCUGGAAAUGGGGCGCCGUUGCGAAAAAAUCACUUCGCUUUUUGCCAGGAUUUUAAGUUUGAAAACCCAUUUUACAAGCCGCCUACAGUCUUGAUAUCUGGAAGUCACGAAAACACCACAAGUGCACUGUGGGGCAACUCAGGAGGUCGCUGUAACAACGCUUUAAACGUUUGGAUGGAGGAAGUAAGUCGGUCGGCGUUUAAGGUUUGUGUCAAGGACAGCCAGGGACUAAGCAAGACUCAUGACCCAGUAACCGUACAUUAUGCAAUCAUUGGAGACCUUGACCCGUGCAUCAACGUCACAUGCGAUUACUUUGCUGUCUGCAAGGCAUUCGACGCAUUUGACGCCCGUUGCGUGUGCGAAGAAAACUGCCCUUCAUAUGAAGAACAGGUGUGUUCAUCUAACUCGACUACUUUCAAAAACAAGUGCAUGUUUGAGCUGGAAGUAUGCAGACUGAAGAGUAACUACACUCUGUAUCACCCUGGAAGUUGCACGGGUUUUCCUCUUCAAUGGGGAAGAGUUGAGCUGAAUAGAGAUGUUUCCUGGGCUGAGACAGCUUGCGAGUUAGUGACUUUCCCGCCAUUUUCGUUCUAUCCAGACAAGGAAGUGCAUGUGCAGAUUACCACCAAUCACUGGAACUCCACCAGGAGGAAUUUCGCACACGAAGCCACCGUCUCGUGGGUGGAAAAUAUUAAUUACCAAAAUUUCAGGGUUUGUGCGACGGCUGCAGGAAGAAAUGACCGUGGAACGAAAGAAUUUGCGACAGUCGACUGGAUGGCUUACCAAGGAGCUCCAAAUGGAGGUGUGACAGGAAAUACACGUAUUCCAGAAUGGUGGACUGGAACGAAGUGCGUAAAGAUUAGUCUGCCAAGGGAUAAAUUUGCAGCUACACCAAUAAUUUUGGCGACGGCAGAUCACGUAACUUCAGCUUACAAGCAUGAUGCCGCCAGUCUGUGGAUAGAAUACGCUACCAGUUCUACCUUUCACAUUUGCCUCCGAGAGUUACAAAAUUACGAUGGUCUUCAUGAGGACAUCCUAGUGAACUGGAUGGCUUUUGAGGAAAUUCAUCGCCCGCUUUUCACUGAGAGUAGAAAAAUCGAUUUUCCUAACAACAGCCCUGUUUCUGCAAACUAUAAUGGUGCUUUCUGCAAGGACGUGCAGUUCAUUAAAACUUACGAAAAGGAACCUACAGUGAUAAUCACCGCGAAUCACAAUUCAGAAGGAAACAACCUAAAGCCAAAGUACAUAUCUGUUACUGCAUGGAUUGAGCAUAUCAAGACAUCAGAAUUUCGUAUUUGUCUCAAGGAGUUGUUUGCUGGUCAGCAUGACCCUGUUACCGUGUCUUAUGUUGUCCUGGCGGACGUGUGUAAACCAGGCUGGUCGUACUUUUCUGGCUCUUGCUACUCCACAAGUCAGUCGUGCAAAAACUGGACUGAGGCACAAAAAACCUGCCAAAUAUACAACAGCAGCCUUAUUGCCGUAAAAAAUCAAGAAGAAAAUAUUUACAUACAGCACCGUCUGAAUGGGGACAAAGGAUGGAUUGGAUUUAAUGACAGGGACACUGAGGGCACUUUUGUUUGGGCUGGUAACCAGCGGAGUAACUUCACUUAUUGGGCUCCACAUCAGCCAAACGAUUUCCGACUGAACGAAGACUGCGUUCACACCUUGGGGGUUGGACAUAAAUUUACAUGGAAUGACGUAAAUUGUAGGAGCUGUCAUAAUUACACAUGUUCUGAUGACCUUGAUGAAUGCAGAGGAAGCUAUCAUGACUGCAGCAAGAAUGGGAUUUGUACAAAUACACAAGGAUCAUACAAUUGCCACUGUGCCAGUGGAUAUAGCGGUGAUGGUCGGAAUUGUAAAGACAUAGAUGAAUGUUCCUCGGGUCAUAGGUGCCAUAGUAAUGCUACCUGUCAAAAUACAGAUGGAUCGUAUACAUGUACAUGUGUUAAUGGUUAUACUGGAGAUGGAAUCACUUGCUCAGGUACACUUUGCACCGAUUUUGAAAAAAUUCCUGUCACAGCCUAG